AUGCCUUUUCCUGGCCGAAAACCGAAGACAUGCUCACAAGGCGUCCAAGCUGAAGGGGCAGAAACAAGAACCAAGUCGACCCUCGGCAGCUCAAGUCAACCUCACCAGCAAGGUCUAUUCAUCCAGUCAAAGACUGGGCCGGGGACAGCGAAGAUGGUGAAUCUUCUAACGGGUUGGACGCCUGCUAUUGAUUGGUCGCUGUUCAUAGGAUGCUGUGCGACCAUGGCUGGAUGGCUUAUGGGGGCAGACGAAAUCAUCAAGAAUGCUCAUAACAAUCGAGAGAGGGAUGACAGCGAAUCCCGCCUCCUCAGCCGCUACCACGUCGCUCAUGCAAUCAAACGCAUCGACCAUGUCUCCGUAGUCUUUGUUACUGUCGCCGGUGUCUAUACUGUUAUCCGUGGUCCUGGGUCUGCCCGUCAUUUGCAUCGGGCAGUCCUGGUACGGCCAGGUCCCGGUGUGCCUACCGCGCAGAUCGACUUGUACUCCGCCAAUAGGACACGAUCUGGAGUGACGCUCCCUGUGCUGGGAUCGUCUUUAGAGUGCGUGGAAGUGGUGUCCAAACGUCAUUCGCACUAUGAGUAUACGAUAAGCGGGCAGGCACUCGACGGAAAACGGUACAAGUAUCGACUUACGUUCCUCGACCGUGGCGUUGCUGCAGAUGUCAAUGGAAAGCUUGUUCCGUCGCACACGCUGGGGGCAUUGCUGGAGUCUGGCUGGUCAAGAUAUGGUGGACAUAUUUCCUUCAGGACGGUAGAGUUGACGUCCCCAAUUCAAAAGUAUCUCACCAACAGCUACUAG